UACUCGAGGACACGUUUUUUUCCUUCUGUUUUGUUCAUGCAUUUUAGAACAACAUCUAAUAAUAAUACUGCUGUUUUACAGCAGAAUGCUGUAAACAGUUUUCAGCAUUGAUACAGUCAUUUAGCAGACUUAUAACACAGCAAAAGAUGGAUGCUAUGGAUUACCCCCUCCCUUUCUCCUCCCUGCGCCUUUUGGUUCCACCUCUACGGCUAUUGUCUGCAUUUAUGUGGCAGGUAGCGCAACAGAGGGCCAUCAAGCACUAUGGAAAGUUAGAGGAGUUUGUGACGGUGGUUACACAAACUGUCCCAGAACUUAUAACUGACAGACAGAGGACAUUGCUUCUUCUGGCAUUAAGGGCAAGGGUAACUCUUCAGCUGUUUCAAGGUGAGCAUCCAGAGGACCUCAACAAAAUUAAGAUCCAUCUUGACAGAUUCUCAUCCUGUGGUCUGUCACAGAAUAAUGAUGCACAGAUGGAUGCGUUGGAAGCAAACUUCCUCAAGCUCACCAAAAACCUUCUCGAAGACCCAGUCGAGAGGAUCCAAUUCUUCAAGGCAGAUUUCCCUGUGGUGUAUGGCUGUGAUUUUGACACAGCUUUGCAGGCACUCGUUUGUCAGUUCCUCUCCAGACUAGAAGAUCUGCUACCAGUGCCAGACCUUAAGCAGACUGCAUCUUGGCUCAGCGCUGUGCCCUCUGCCUCGGAUGAGUGUCUGCAGUCUCUUUCUCACACAGAGGACCUGCAAUACCUGCUUCAGCACCACGCAUGCUGUGGAAAGUUAGACAAACGUGAUAAUCGAAGCUCCUUUAUCACAAGAAACACAUUGUGACAGGCCACUAACUUUUCUGACAUACUGACUUAAAACUUUACUGUCCUCUACCCUUGUGUCUGUCAGCAUUUCCCUCCUCGGCAGAAGACUGCAUCGUCGCUUCACUGUCCCUCCCUACCACAGUGGGAGUGGCAUUUGCCUUUUACAGAAAAUUAGAUGUCUUGCCUAACUUGGAAGGCUCUACCCAUGUAAGCAGAGAGAUGGAGACUUUGUCAGACAGCAGAGAUUAUCAACAGGCAGAAUCAAGAGCACGUUUAGAUGGAAACCAGAACAGUAAAGAAGACAGAGUGUCUACCAUGGGUAGUGAUGAUGAUGAAUUCAGAGAGAGAGGUGUGGAAGAGGAGAAUGAAAACAUAAGUGCUGUGGGAAGGGUUAUUACCGAACCAAAGGACCAGAGGAGAUGUGAAGGGGCUGUUGGGGACCUGUGUGCUGCUGGAGAACCAGACCUCGCAGCCAACUCUCCAAUGGUCUCCAGUGUGGCUCAAAAACCCUCAAUAUUUCCUGCCCGACUUCCACUCAAAAGUAAAGGGGACCACAGAGUCAAAUCCUCCAAGAGAUCUAGAAAGAGCCCAGAAGGGAGGAUGGCUGAGUCCAGUGUGAACUCUGAUACACCUCUGCUUGAAUCCUCACAGGAAACUAACAGGACUGGUGCUGAAGAAUCAAGACCAUUUUCUCCAGACCAUGAUGACACAGAAGAGGAAAACAACGAACCUGCUUCAAGGGAGUCUUCUCGGCUGUCUAGCUGCGCUCAACCACCACCUGGUGACGUAUCACCAUCCUCUGAGACCCUUUUCAAAGCAUUGUCCACUGCACGGCGUAUUGCCAACAAGUGCUCCCAGUGUGGAAGGUGUUUUAUCUAUCCAUCUCAACUGGUUCAGCAUCAGCGAAUUCACACUGGAGAUCGACCCUACAAAUGCACCCAGUGCGGAAAGACUUUCAGUAAUUCAACUGGGCUUUCAAAACACCACCAAAAACACUGUCUAGACGCGACCUUCGAUUGCCCCAAGUGCGGAGAGAGUUUCAGAUCUCUCCGUGAGCGGUUCAAACACCUAUCUACUCACAAGUCCCUCAAAUGUCUGUUGUGUGGAAAGAGUUGCCAGACGACUUCUGAUUUGCGAAAGCACCAGCAAACACAUAGUGUGACGCCGUCGUUCAACUGCUCUCUGUGAAAAACGUUUCAAGUUCCUGUCGAGCCUAACCAGGCACAACAGGACCCAUUCAGUGGAGGGGGGGUAUGCUUGUUCCAAGUGUGGGAAAACAUUUGGAUCUUUAAGUGAACGGCUCCAACAUAAGAGGACACAUAGGGCACAGCUCAACUGUACGGAGUGCGGACGGAGUUGCAGUUCCCGCUCCGAACUAAAGAGUCACCAGCAAACUCACUCUCGUGAACCUCUCUUCAACUGUCGACACUGAAGACAAAUUCUUUGGGUCAGUUGAGCUGAAGAUCCACCAAAAAACUCCUGCAGUGGACAAACCCCAUCAGUGUGAUGCGUGUGGAAAGUGCUUUGGGGCCUUAGCCACCCUUGUACUCCACCAACGGACACACACGGGGGAGAAACCCCACACAUGUCCUCGCUGUAAUAAGCAGUAUAUCUCUAAAAGUCAGCUGACAUCACACAUGCGGACUCACACGGGCGAGCGUCCAUACAGCUGCUCUUACUGUGGGAAGUGUUUCUCUCAGUUGGCUAAUCUUACUGUGCACACAAGGAUUCACACGGGGGAGAGACCUCACAUCUGCUCUGUGCAAGAAAGGGUUUUGCUCAGUCAGUGACCUGCAGAAGCAUGAGCGCUCUCACACCAAAGAGAAACCUUACAGGUGCACAGUUUGUGGAAAGGCCUUCACAGUGUCAAGUCAUUUGACGGUUCACAUACGCAUUCACACAGGAGAGCGCCCCUACACCUGCCCUGAGUGUGGAAAGAGUUUUGCGCAGAGCUCUGUCUUAACUAAACAUCAAUUCACCCAUACGGGAGAGAGGCCAUACCCAUGCCAUCAGUGUGUAAAAAGUUACACCCGUCUCACACACUUGAAGAGACACCUACAAACACACACUUGAGGAAGUCCGGUGUGUUUUCCUGUUUUGGUUUCAUUCUGAAAAGCGUUACCAUGGAUUGCUGUUUCACUGUCUGUCAAUGUGUUAUGCUGAAUAACGUCAAUGUAUAACUGAAAACCAUGCUCACCAUGCCUUUUUCUCAAACUGUAGUUUGUGUACAUUACUGCCAACAUGGAUGGAAAAUAAACAAUAAACAUUUCAAAAUAUAAAAUAACCUCUUUCAAGUUACAGUAUGUGUCAUAUAAAUGAGGCAUUGUAUGAUACUUUCUAGCUUGGGCCUGCUUCUCUCUGGAAGUUUGUGGUUUGAGUCAGUUUAUUUUGAAUGUAACAAAUGUCAGCAUAAAGACCAAUACAAAAACUGAGAAGACAAUACUUUGAAAUACAACUGUAUUUUUUUUCUUUCUUCUAUGCAAAUGAAAACUGUUACAGUAGGCUUAAUUUAUUAUAUUCUAC